AUGAAAAGAUGGGAAUGGGAGAGUAACUUAGCUAUGAGGUCGGACGUCGCAGGCGGCAUGGAACUACCGUUGGAUGUAGAAAUCGAGAUCUUGCUGAGACUCCCAGUGCAACCUCUGCGUCGAUUAGAACUGGUUUCAAAACAAUGGAGAAGUUUGAUAAGAUGUCGAAGUUUCAUGGAACGGCACUUGGCUGAUCAGAAAUCCAAACACCGUUUCACGAUCCUUGCUAAUGUCAUGGUCAGGGACCAGUUCGCUAGUAAGAUUUCCAGGGAAACUGGAUUGUUCCGUAACUUCUGUUCAUCAGACGGUGAUCCAGGAUUUUCCUAUGUGCGGCUGCUUCAAAAUAACGACGGUGGUGCUCCUUCUCUCUCGUGCGACGGUUUCAUCUGCUGUCCGAGACCAGGUAAUCUUGCUCAAUUUCCUAAUCCGUGCUUUAGCUUGUUGGGGUUUGGGAGAGACAGAGUGAGCGGAGAUUACAAACUUGUUAGGUUAUUUGAACCGCCUGGGGAGAGUACGCUAUGCACAGGAUGCGAGCUUCUUUCGCUCAAGGAAAGGAAAUGGAGAUACAUUAGCCAUGUCCCUAUACCUUGCUUUAAUGGGCAACCUUCAGCGAGCGUUGACGGAUCCAUCUAUUGGUUCACCGCUUAUCUAUGGGAAAUGAAUGCAAAGUAUUCAAAAACGGCCAAGAUCAUAGCAUUUGAUCUUCACACACGCAGAUUCCGUGCAGUCCAUCACCAUCCUUUCGGUGCAAGAAAACCCUCCUUCGUGAUUCAUCUGGUGAACCUUAGGGAUCAAGUAUGGAUCGUAGAACAACAACGUAGCUCUUUGGAGAUGUGGAGCAUGGUUAGAGGAGGAGACGACGCAUGGGGAAAAAUGUAUUCAAUUGAUAUAACAAGCCUUAUUGCAAUUAGGGAUAAUUGGGGGGAGCGCCUUAUGCCAGUUGAAAUCUGCGGCGACGGAAGGGUGUUGAUUAAGGGUAAGAAAUCAUAUGAGACAAAUCAUAGGGAUUUCAGAGAAAGGUUGCUCAAAUAUGAUCCUCGUACUAAAACUUUGCUUCUCAACGACCGUCAAGUUUGUGCCAAUGACUCGCCCUACUUCCAAACUUGUGUCCUUGCUCCCUACUACCACUCUCUCUUCUCUUUAGAUGCACUUUAA